CGCACUCGCAUACCACCAUGUACUGAAGAUUCAGAAGAGAAGUUGCAUCAACAGGCCAGCCCGAAGCCAAGCCUCGCCGGAGUUGGAGCCGAACCGAUGGACCUACCAUCGACAUCCUCCAAAGCUCACCAACAACAAGAACCGCCUCAUCAAUUGACAUAUGUCGCCAUCAAAAUCCACUCUGACAACUUAUCAGCCUGGCGUCUGACAUGUGUCGCUGUUGGCGGGACUAAGUUUCCCCAUUACCAUUUAGGGCAAGUGAUUCCACCCGGAUUUUCCCUUCGCUUCGGGAUGCAUUGCCAGGCUCACAGGCCCCAGCUCGAAGCUCCACGACUCUGCAACACCCGCGAUGAUUCCGCAUUCCCCUCUUUUGUAUGCCAAUACCGUCCACGACCAGCCAAUGCUGCACACGACUGGCAGCGCAAUCCCCAGGCGAUGCGGACCUCUCCCUGGUCUCAUUUGCUGAAGGGCCCCCACCAGUCGUGUCCUGCGCUCUCCUGGGAGGUGUUCGGAUACGCGCAAACCCCGCCUUGAGGUUGGAUCCCAUAUCCUUGUUGAACGCUGAAUGCUCUCAGCACUACAUAUUAGAGCACGCCCGAUUGUUCCGCUGAGGGGAGGAUUUCUAAGUACUGCGUUUUCUGUUCAUCUUUUCUGCUGACCUGAUUUCUCUGCACGAAUCUCCUACCAACCAAAAACUUCCCAAGUCUAUCGAGCGAGCUUCACUACUACAGCACAGCAAAAAUGUCCUACAUCAACCUCCACCCCGACAUCAACAACGGCUUCACCAAAGGCGACCCCAACUUCAGCGGCGGAACCCUGCAAUGCCACUGCCGCUCCGACCCCGUCAAAGUCCAAAUCACCGGAAACGUCGCCCACAACCACGCCUGCGGCUGCUCCAAAUGCUGGAAACCCGACGGAGCCCUCUUCUCCAUCGUCGGUGUCGUUCCCGUCGACAACGUCAAAGUCGUAGCCAACGCCAACAAACUCUCCAUCAUCGACCCCAAUGCCGCAAUCCAACGCAAUGCUUGCAAGCAAUGUGGCGUACACUUGUACGGCCGCAUUGUGAAGGAUCAUGCUUUCAAGGGUUUGGAUUUCAUUCAUGUGGAGCUCAGUAAAGAGCAAGGAUGGCAGGAGCCGCAGUUUGCGGCUUUUGUGAGCAGUAUUAUUGAGCAAGGUUUUGAUGCGGGUAAGAUGGAUCAGGUCAGGUCGAAGUUGAAGAGUGUGGGGUUGGAGCCUUAUGAUUGUUUGAACCCUGGGUUGAUGGAUGCUCUGGCUUCGUACACGGCUAAGUCAAAGCUGUAGAGGAAGAGACCAAUGACCAACGACCAGUCGAGAGUGAGGGCACACCCACUGAUGUGAGGGGAUGGGGUUUGCUCUGGAGGUGGUUGGGCAUCACGAAGACACAAAAGCCAAAAGCAAAGUUGUGAGAUCUGAGGGUUUUGCUAUACUCUGGUGUUGUAAUUGGCUGUACGAAAACUCAUGCUGUUGUGCCACCCCUCGACUCCUCUCACCACGAUGCAUAACAUGUCGCCUCUGGCCUUGUGUGCCAUCUCGGUUGGACACUGUUCCAAGUUUUGAUAGAUGCGUCAAUUGAAGCUCAAACCCUUCGAGGAGUCGAAACUGCUCCACCGCUCUAUCCGUCCUGUCUAGUGUUCGGAGGUACAUUGCA